AUGCACCAUAUUUUCAUCGAUUUUGAAUUGGAUGAAGAUCAUAGGAAUGUUUAUGGUAGCGAAGAAAAUCCUAUUUGUGGUAUGCAAAUGAGACUUCAAAAGUGGACCACCGAUUUUAAACUCGACAAAGAAACUUCUCUUGCCAUGGUUUGGAUUACCUUGCCAGAAUUUCCAUGGCACUACUUUGAAUGGGAUGCCUUGAGAAGAAUUGUCGAUCCCAUAGGUGCUCUCAUUAUCACUGAUAAGGCGACAUUGUCAAAGACCCGACCCACCACUGCUAAGGUGAAGGUAGAAAUUGACUUGACUAGGCCUCUUCGUCAUGAAGUUAUGAUCAAAACAAAUGAUUCCACUGGUAAGGAAGUGAUCAUUCCUCAGAGAAUCAAAUAUGAAACUAUCCCUGAAUAUUGUAACCAUUGCAAAAUCCAAGGUCAUUGUGAGAACAAAUGUAGAAUCCUUCACCCUGAAUUAAGGAAGAAUGUCAAAAUGCUAAUCACAGUUGUGAAUUCUGGAAAGUCGGAGGACAAGGGUAAUAACAAAGACUCGACCUCCCUCAAUACGAUGCAAGGUGAUGACAAUUCUGAUGCUCUUAUCAUCAACACUGUCAACUCUCAUACCAAUAAUAUGAAAAAUGGAAAAUCUGAAGGUGAUUAA